CUUCCUUUAUCUUCUUCCUUCAUCAUCCCCUCUCUCUCUUUCUCUCCCUAACCCAGUUCAAGUUGAAGCUUUUGAGCUAAACCCAAAUGGGUUUUGCAUGCAUUGUGUUUCCAAGGCAUUGAUUGGCUUAAUAAUACUGUUCGAACUUCAGAGCUCAGCUUGCUUCUAGAUAGCUCAGAACGUGUUUGAAGUAAUUCCACCGUAACCUCGUGAUUAUCGUAACCCAGAUGAGAUUAGGCACCACUGGCUAGCUAGCUUUAAGUAACGGUUGAGGCAGUUUCAUUUUGUUUGGAUUUAUUACAAGCAGACAAAAACAAGAGUUACCUCUAUAGGCUGAAACGUCUUUUUAAGCAAGUACAAAUAUGGCUCCAGCGAGUAAUUGGUUAUCCUUCUCUUUAAUGUCUCCCAUGGAAAUGCUCAGGUCCUCUGAGUCUGAAUCUCCCUUUGUUCCCUAUGACACAUCCUCUACCGCCUCUCCUCACUACUUCCUUGAUAACUUCUAUGCCAACGGCUGGACGAACCCCAAGUCCCAAGUGUUUUUUGCAGACGGUGAAGAACACAACAACCAGAGCAAACAAGGCCACGCCGAUUCACCCAAUCUCACCAGCUUCAUCGACCCACAGAGCCAUCACCAACCUAUUCCAAAGCUGGAGGACUUUCUAGGCGAUUCUUCAUCGAUGGUGCGCUAUUCCGAUAGCCAAACAGAGACCCAAGACUCGUCGUCCCUGACCCACAUGUACGACCAGAGCUCGGCCUAUUUUGGCGACCAUCAGCAGCAGCAAGAUCUCAAGGCGAUUACUGGGUUUCAGGCCUUUUCGACGAACUCGGGCUCGGAAGUGGACGACUCGGCGUCCAUGGCUCGUACGACUCAGCUCGCUGGCGGCGAGUUCACGGGUCAUUCUAUUGAGUCGAACGGGAACGAGCUGGGAGGCGGGUUCUCUAGCUGUGGCACAAAUACUCGGCUCUCGAACGGGAACGAGCUGGGAGGCGGGUUCUCUAGCUGUGGCACAAAUACUCUGUCGCUUGGGGUCACUACCCAGAGCUCUUCUCAGUCUAAAGCCAUAGUUCCCGCGGACAGCGACGGCUCUAAGAAGAUCGCUGAUACUUUUGGCCAGAGGACUUCAAUUUACAGAGGGGUCACUAGACACCGGUGGACGGGUAGAUAUGAAGCGCAUCUAUGGGAUAACAGCUGUAGAAGGGAGGGUCAGGCCAGGAAAGGGCGUCAAGUUUACUUGGGUGGAUAUGACAAGGAAGAUAAGGCAGCAAGGGCGUAUGAUUUGGCUGCUCUGAAAUACUGGGGUCCUACUGCAACUACCAACUUUCCAGUUUCAACUUACAGCAAAGAACUGGAAGAUAUGAAACAUGUAACCAAGCAAGAAUUCAUUGCGUCGCUCAGAAGGAAAAGCAGUGGUUUUUCGAGGGGAGCUUCUAUUUACCGGGGGGUUACAAGGCAUCAUCAACAAGGCCGAUGGCAAGCAAGGAUAGGCCGUGUUGCCGGGAACAAAGACCUAUACCUUGGGACAUUUGCCACUGAAGAGGAAGCAGCAGAGGCAUAUGACAUAGCGGCCAUAAAGUUCAGGGGUAUUAAUGCAGUUACAAAUUUUGAGAUGAACCGAUAUGACGUUGAAGCUAUUGGAAAGAGUUCCCUUCCUGUCGGUGGGGCAGCGAAGCGCUUAAAGCUCUCACUCGAAGCUGAAGAGCAGAAACCAUCUGUAAACCAUGAUCAGCAGCGUCCUCAAUGCAGCAGCGGCAGCAACAACAUCAAUUUUACUUCGAUGCAGCCAGCAGUUCAAUCGAUACCGUGUGGGAUUCCUUAUGAUGCUGCAGCUGCAACAGCAUAUUAUCAUCACAACCUCUUCCAGCAAUUUCAACCGAACUACUACGGCCCUUGUGAUUCAUCCGGAUUAACCCCUAACAUUGCAACUCAGAUGAGCAUGAUGCCGCAGCAGCCAGCUGAGUUUUAUAUUUGGCCUCACCACCAAUCCAAUUGAUAGGACUAAACAGUUGCUGUUGUUUCAUAUGUUAGCCGCUAACAUUAUCCGGCUGACCAACAUCUGACCCUCACUCCAAUCCACCUCUCAACCUUAGGAUUUAGGAUUAGGAAAGGCAUAAGAGGUUUUUUGUUUGGAGGCUAAAAUUCUGGAUACAGUAGGAAGCUGGGUUUUGUAUUUAAGGUGGGAAACGUUGAAUGGUGUAUCCAUCUGCUUUUUAAGAAUUUCCUUAUCUUUC